UUUAGUGCGAUCGCGGUAGCGCUGACACGAUCACCGUUGCAGACUUCGUAAUCAACAAUCGAGGCAGUGUUUUCGUAUGUUUUGUAUAUUGACCACGAUCGCCGUCUAAGCUCUGCGUACGGAAAUUCCGGUAAUCAUUCAAAGCUCUAAAGUUUCGCGGCGUUCAUGCAAAAAUCCGUCCGUCGGUUGUUUACUGGAUUUCGGCAGCGGAUGACCACAUAAGCCACCUUCUGUUGUGUUUUGCGGUGUUGUCGCAAAUCACACUUUCCACCGCGAGACGAAUUUCCGCGUCAUUUAUGGCGGCUUUUUUCAGUGUCACAUAAGGUAUUUUGUGUGUUUGCGUUCAAAACCUCCUCAGGCAAGAUGCUGUUUCUCAGGAAAUUAGUUAUAGUUACCAUCGUAGUUGCAGUCGCAGUGACCGAGGCUCAACACAAGGGUCGCCCGUACGAGACCCGCUCCAAGUUCGUCACCAAAGAUGUCGCCCGGGAUGUAAGUGACGCGCUGGUCAAUUUGGCCCGUAACAUAUCCGUUCAGAUUCGGAGCAAGGAAAGCAAAAGUGAAAUCAUUUCACCGCUCAGUAUUGGUUCGUCAAUGCUGCUGUUGCUGCGAGCUUCUCGAGGGUCGACCCGCCAAGAACUGUUGGAGCUUCUGGGGUUGAACAAGAAGUACCAGCGGAAUGACCCCAAGGUUCCGAGAAAUUUUGGCCGGUUGAUUGAGGAGUUGCUGGAUGAUGUCAGGAGUGAAAAUGUGCUGGAAAGUGAGCCCCAAUGGAAGGGAGAAAGCAAGUGCAUUUCGCCGGAGUAUGCCGAUGAUGAUGACGAUUAUGAAGAGUAUGAGGAUUUCGAUGGUGUCUCGGAGCAAGAUGUCAACAUUAUCCGUCUGGCGAAUGCUAUUUUUGUGCAGAACGGAACGUACGAUAACGAGAAGUUGGAAGUGAGAGUCCGAAGGAUAUAUCGGAGUGAAAUAGAAUCUGUGGACUUUGUCAACAGACCCGAUGAGAGCAAGGCGGUCAUCAACCAGUGGGUUGAUAAAAAUACCAACGGUCGCAUCAAGGAGGUCAUCACCGAUCAACUGAGUCGCGACACCACGAUGGUUGUAGCAAAUGCGAUGUACUUCAAGGCAUUCUGGGAAGAUGUGUUCACAGCUGGAGCCACCAAGCCGAGAAAGUUCUUUCCGGAUGGGGAGAGCGAAGAGUCCGUUGAGGUCGACAUGAUGUCUCACGGGGGAUGCUUCCCGUACUACGCCUCAAAGGAGUUAGACGCUCGAAUUUUGGGAUUCCCGUACAAAAACAAAACAAUCACGAUGUACAUCAUUCUUCCAAACAAAUCGAAUCGUAAAAAUUUGCAAGAUCUCGUCGGUAAACUAGAUGCCAAUACCCUAGACGAGCUUAUCUCUAACACGACCAUGAGGACCGCAUCGGUACUGUUCCCAAAGAUGCACAUUACAAACUCCUUCGAGCUGAAAUCCGCCCUGCGAAUGCUUGGACUUUCCUCGAUGUUCAUCCAAGGACGCAGCAAUUUUUCCCUCCUCAACAGCAACAUGACCAGCGCGAACAGCCCCACCGUGGGUGGAGUUCUGCACAAGGUAGAUCUGGAAGUGAACGAGGAAGGGACUGAGGGGGGAGCGGUAACGGCCACACUUAUGGACCGAUCGCUGCCAUCGAUCAACUUCCGGGUGAUCACGCCAUUUGUGCUGGCUAUUCGGCAUGAUGCGACCAAGUUACUGCUGUUCUACGGGUCGGUUUAUGAUCCUUCGUCUGAGUAGAUUUCAAGAGAUUCAUUAAAAAUUGUGUGUGCUUGCAAAA